GUUCAAUCCAUAAAAACAUUUAACUCUAAAAGAAGCUUCAUAUAUAGAGGAAGCUUUGAGACAAAAGAUGGGAAGAACACCUUGUUGUGACAAAAAUGGACUGAAGAAAGGGCCAUGGACCUCGGAAGAGGACCAGAAGCUGAUUGAUUAUAUUCAGAAAAAUGGGUAUGGAAAUUGGAGGACACUUCCAAAGAAUGCUGGGCUUCAAAGGUGUGGCAAAAGUUGCCGUCUUCGUUGGACUAACUAUCUCAGGCCUGAUAUCAAAAGAGGAAAAUUAUCUUUUGAAGAGGAAGAGACAAUAAUUCGACUUCAUAGCAUAUUGGGGAACAAAUGGUCCGUCAUAGCUGCUAAGUUACCAGGAAGAACUGAUAAUGAAAUCAAGAACUACUGGAACACCCACAUCAGAAAAAGACUUCUCCGAAUGGGGAUUGAUCCUGUGACCCACAGUCCUCGCCUUGAUCUUCUUGGUCUUUCCUCCAUUUUCAACUCAUCUCAGAUCAAUAUUUGUAGGUUGUUGGGGGUCCAACCCUUGGUUAACCAAGAAUUAAUAAGGGUACCCACCUCUCUCUUUUCAUCAGAACGUGAAGAUUCACAUUUUUUUGUGCAAAAGAAAGAGCAGUCUAAUAUACAAGACUCUGGUCACUGUAAAAUUUGGAAAGAGUCAGAUGCACAGUUUCUCACACAAAAGGAUCAACAAAAUCAACUUUCCAACCCCCCUCAUGUCCAAAACCAAUUCCCACCAUUACUCCAACCUAGCCAGUUUCAAGAAAAAUCGACUCGUACCAUGUUGAAUACCCCUUAUGUUCAGUUUCAUGAUGAAACCCAACUCUUACAACCCAAUUCCGAGCAAUUCCCGGUCAACUGCAUGCAAUCAACCGGCAAUUCUCAAAUCGAUUAUCCCCUAUUCUGUUUUGAUCAUGACACCCUACCCCUCGAAUCGAAAAUUGAGCAAUUCUCUUCAACUCUUACCAACUUUAAUAACUACCAAUAUUGCCAACUAAAUGAGUGGCAAGGCCAUGGAAUCGCCUCUAAUUUGACAGAAGAUUAUGGACAUGAACAUAACUACAGCUGCUACGUGUCCGAUCAAUCCGCCAUGGAUCCUCCACCAUCGGAGAACUCGAAUUUUCAAUCCAACAACAGCCACAAUUUCAGCUUCCAAUCUGUUCUAUCAACUUUCUCCACACCUCCAUCAAGUCCAACACCAUUGAAUUCGAACUCAACGUAUACUAACAGCAUCAGCACAGAAGAUGAUCAUGAGAGAGAAGGCCAUUGCUGUAACAUGAUGAAGAUCCAAAUUCCAGAUGUUUGGGAUGUUAAUGAAUUGUUGUAAAUCCAGAAAACCAAACUAAUCAAGGGGUUUUUCAA